GGGGACGCGCACCGGAGACGCCGGUGGGCUCCGCGCAGAGUGGCGGGCUCCGGGGCGGAGGCGGGGAUGGGGGCGGUGGCGGCGGCGCCUCCUCCACUCAGGCGUCUGCGCCCGGGACCCCCCGGCCGCGCGGGGGGAAGGACCGACUGACGUACCUCGCGCGCCCCCGCCUCCGUCCCCGCCCCCGCCUCAUCUUCCCCGAGCUCCCGGGGCUCGCGGGCUGAGACGCCUCUCUCUCACCGCCCCUCGCCGCGGCCCUUUCUCUCCGCGGCACCUCGGAGUCCCUCGGCCCGGUGGCGGCGGCAGCGAGCACCCGAGCAGCGGCGAGCGGCCUCGAGGAUGAAGUGCAAACCGAACCAGACGCGGACCUACGACCCGGAGGGGUUCAAGAAGCGGGCGGCGUGCCUGUGCUUCCGGAGCGAGCGCGAGGACGAGGUGCUGUUAGUGAGUAGCAGUCGGUACCCGGACCGCUGGAUCGUGCCGGGCGGGGGCGUGGAGCCCGAGGAGGAGCCGGGCGGUGCUGCCGUCCGCGAGGUGUACGAAGAGGCGGGAGUCAAGGGGAAGUUAGGCCGGCUCCUGGGCAUUUUCGAGCAGAACCAAGAUCGCAAGCACAGAACGUACGUGUAUGUACUGACUGUCACUGAGAUUCUGGAGGAUUGGGAAGAUUCGGUUAGCAUUGGGAGGAAGCGAGAGUGGUUCAAAAUCGAAGAUGCGAUCAAGGUUCUCCAGUGCCACAAGCCCGUGCAUGCCGAAUAUCUGCAAAAACUAAAGCUGGGCGGUUCCCCAACCAGUGGAAACUCCAUGGCCCCGUCCCUGCCAGAGAGCGAUUCCUAGUGAAUGGCAUAGAUGUUGUUCAGAUUUACUUUGAAAGAAUCAAGUAUGUGAACCCUAUGAUGAAUGGAAUUGUGAAGACAGGUGA